UGGGCUUUAGUGAAAAAAAAAAAAGAAAAUCUUGACUAGACCAGAAACUUGGAGAGCACGCGCCACCGGAAAGCGCAAUGGAAUCAUAUAUUAUCGACGCAGUUAGCCCUAUAAAUGGCGGGAGCCAGGCCUAGGUCGAAAUUUCAUUCACCCACCAAUCUCUCUCUCUCUCUCUCUCUCUCUCUCUCUCUUUCUCUCUCUCGAUUUGUCAAUCACGGCGUCAAAAUAGCACUGUUUAUCACACUCAAAAAUCUCCAGAAAUCCUCCAAUACUUAAAACCCAACUUCAACCCAUUUCUGUUUCCACAACUCUCUUUUAUGAUUUCCGCUCCUUCUAAGUUUCUUCAUUUCUAGGGUUUUUGUUGAUUUCUUUAUCAAAAAACCGUAGUAUCUUCUUCUUCUUUUUUGGUCGGCUUUUUCCAGAUAGAGGAAGUGGGAGAGUUGGAGCAGUGUCGGACAUUCUGAUUCAAUGGAGGCCCCGGCCAGUGUUGCCGCUGUACAGAGUGGUUCGCUGCCGAUGCCAUCACCAUCGCGGAAGGAGAGGCGUGCCGUUUCCGAAUAUCACUUGGUUCGGAACCCCGCGGAUGAAGUUGAAUUGGAAAGAUCAAAGUUGGGACAAUCAGAUGAGCGAACCAUAUAUGAGGUGCAGCAUGGAAGAGAGCCUGCUGAUGUUGACUUCUUUUCAAUCACGGUUGAUGGAAGUUUGGAUGAUGACAUAUUGCGGCAGCAGAUUCACAAUGUUGCUAGACAGAGAGAGCAGCUCCAACAAAUGGAGGUUGAACUCCGAGCUCAGGCAAUUGCAAGAUCAAGGAUCUUGGAAAUGCAGAGUAGCUUUGAUGCUAAAAUCAAAGCCCAUGCCAAUGCUGUCGCCAAGCUUGAGGAGCAACUUCAUGAAAAUGAACAGACCAUACAUGAAUUGGAAAGGAAAAUGGAAGAGAAAAAUAGAGAACUACAUGCCAUCAAAGCAGAAAAAGAAGAGGCCUGGGCAAAGGAAGACCUUCUUAGAGAGCAAAAUAAGGAAUUGGCAACUUUCAGAAGAGAACGUGAUCAUUCGGAAGCUGAGAGAGCUCAACACGUAAAACAGAGACAUGAUCUUCAAGAGCAUGUUCAAGAGAAAGAGAGGCAGCUUAUUGAGUUGCAGGAACAGUAUAGGACUGCUCAGGAAACCAUUCUUUAUAAGGAUGAAAAGUUGAGGGAGGCCCAAACUUGGAUUUCUGGUGUCCAGGAGAUGGAUGCUUUGCAGUCAAGUACAAACCACUCCUUACAGGCUGAAUUGCGAGAACGUACAGAGCAAUAUAACCAGCUCUGGCAUGGCUGUCAGAGACAGUUUGCAGAGAUGGAGAGACUUCAUUUACAUACAAUACAUCAGCUUCAACUUGAGCUGGCUGAUGCAAGAGAGAGGAAUGAUUCUUACACUGAUGAAUCGCAUAUAUCCCAAGCAAAUUCAAAAGAUUUAUCUCAAUUUGGUAAAAAUAAUGGCAACCAAGUGGAUUCUAAUGGAAGUGGUGCAACAAAUGCUAAUGCUGGGGUCAUUUCAAAUGGGGCUUCAGACAAUGUUCAAUCAUUUGCUUCUGCUGGCAAUGCAACGACUCAGAAUCAGAAUGACCAUGUUCUGAGUGUUCCAAUUGCUCCAUCAUCUCUACUUGGGGUGCCAACUUACCUCCCACCUGGGCAGGUGACUGCUCUGCAUUCGUUUGUCAUGCAUCAACAAGGGGUUCCACAUUCUGUGGCAUCUCAAGUUGGACUCUACUCAAUGCCUGCAAUGUCGUCCAUCCAACAGUGGCAGAACCAAAAGACUUCACAACAGGGUUUCAUGUUACCUGCACAGAAUCAACUUCCACCAUUCCAAACUGAUCAGGGCUUUGGGAGGUCAGAUGUAAAGUAUGAAUAUGAAAUGUCUGUCACUGGACAAGCCAUUCGUCCAGAUUAUAUGGAUCAUAUCAGCCAAGGGCAGGAGCCCAAUUCUGUGAUAUCAUCAUCUGCUGGGAAAGCACAGGCCCUUGAGUCAAUUAAAUCAAGUUACCUUGUGGACCCCCAACCUGAGCCAAGCUUGCAGCAGGUUUCUUCACAAUUUCAUGAUGCAUUGAGAUUAGGCACUCAUGAACAGAGUUGUGAAUCUAAGGAACAAAAUAUUGUGAACAUGAAUAAUCAUGUCCCGGAGGCCCAAGUUCUAACAGCAGAAGAAGCCAGUACUGCUGCCAGCCCAUCUCCUCCCGACACUUCAGCACAUUCUGUUAAUUUCAGUGAAACAACAAUCAGCAAUGGUGCUAGUGCUUUCUUGCCUGAAAAGUCAGUCUCUACUGGGAAGACUAACAUCUUGAUAUCAGCUAAGACUUCAGAGACUGCUCUGCUUGAUGAAAGAUCAUUGUUGGCUUGCAUAGUUCGCACAAUUCCAACUGGUGGCAGAAUUCGGAUCAGUUCAACGCUACCAAAUAGGCUGGGGAAAAUGCUUGUACCUUUACACUGGCAUGAUUACAAGAAAAAGUAUGGAAAGCUGGAUGACUUUGUAGCCUGUCACCCUGAGUUAUUUGUGAUUGAGGGCGAUUAUAUUCAGCUUCGAGAGGGAGCACAAGAGAUGAUAGCAGCCACUGCUGCUGUUGCCAAAGUCACUGCAGCCACUGCAGUGUCAUCUCCUUACUCCUCAUUUUUGCCUUCAGUUGCUGUUACUCCGAUGGCACAGCCUAAUCGACUAAAGAAGGUGCUGCCAUCAAUUGAUUCCAACCAUGUGAAGAAUGAGAAUGCUGUUUUCAAGGAGCAUGUAGCCAUCUCUAACAAUGCAGCUGAUGAUCAUUCACAGCUGUUAGCAAUCGAGAAUCAACAUCCCAAUGGCAUUUGUUUUGGUGUGUCUGGAGGUUUCUCCAAUGUAAAAAUAAUGAGCAAAUCUAAGGAUCCUGCUGAAAGUAAUGGAGCAAAUUUUGACAGAUCAAGUGUGACAAGUGUUGAAAGCAAGGCCUCUGGACAUGGACGGUCUAAUUCAAAUUUUGUUGGAAAACAGCAAGGCAGGGCAACUGGGGCUGCAUUAUCUUCUAGAAGAUAGUGAGUGCAUUUACCUCAAUUUUAAGGCAAUGGUGAUCAGUGUCAAAUGUCAGCCAGCUUCUCGGUUUGCCUUGUGGAAUAUUUAUGCGAAAAUUACAACAGAAUGCAAUCAUUCAAACUGCAUACAACUUGGGCUGUCAUUUCCAAAAUAAAAAUGCUAGCAGUUCAUUACUAAAAUGAAAAAAAGGUGAAUUCGCAUCGCGGAGGGUGGAUGGAUUAAUGCCAUCACGCUCAUUUGAGUGGUAACAUGGUGCAAGCAGCAGACAACUUGCAAAGGAUGCACCUGACUCGGAAGGUUUGAUCUGUGGGUCGAGAAAGCACCUCUAUAAUAGCUUAAAAACUAGAGUAAUAAAAAUAUAAUGGUACUGAUCUCCCUUUACAAGGUAAGGUUUUAGAGCCCACAUGGUUGAAGAAAUUGUAAGCUUAUCUAAACCGCUGUAACAGAUGCUUUGUAUGGUAGUUAAGGGACGUUGGCCCAAACGGUUGAACGACGGUGAUGAAUUGGAUACUUUUCUCAC